CGGUUUCCUGAGAUGACUCUGCUGCCGAAGAAGCCCUGCAAGUCCAAGGCCAAGGGGCUACUGCUGGGCGCUCUCUUUACCAGUUUCCUGUUGCUGCUCUACUCGUAUGUGGUACCUCCACUGUAUCCCAACACGGCCUUCACGACCUCAGAGGCCACAGCGCCCUGCUCCCCUGUUCCCAAUGAGCCAGUGGCAACCACUCCCGCCAACGGCUCUGCCGGAGGGUGCCAACCUCGGCGAGAUAUUGUGUUCAUGAAGACGCACAAGACCGCCAGCAGCACGCUGCUCAACAUCCUCUUCCGCUUUGGGCAGAAGCACGAGCUCAAAUUCGCCUUUCCCAAUGGCCGCAAUGACUUCCACUACCCGUCGUACUUCGCACGAAGCCUGGUGCAGGACUACCGCCCCGGGGCGUGCUUCAACAUCAUCUGCAACCACAUGCGCUUCCACUACGAGGAGGUGCGCGGGCUGAUGCGGCCGGGUGCCGCCUUCAUCACCGUCAUCCGCGACCCCGCUCGUCUCUUCGAGUCCUCUUUCCACUACUUUGGAUCCCUGGUGCCGCUCACCUGGAAGCUGUCGAGCCGCAACAAGCUGGCCGAGUUCCUGCAGGACCCCGAUCGCUACUACGACCCGAACAGCUACAACGCUCACUACCUCCGCAACCUGCUUUUCUUCGACCUGGGCUACGAUAGUAGCCUGGACCCGGGUAGCCCGCAGGUGCAGGAACACAUCCUGGAGGUGGAGCGCCGCUUCCACCUGGUGCUGCUGCAGGAGUACUUCGAUGAAUCCCUGGUGCUGCUCCGGGAGCUGCUGUGCUGGGACCUGGAGGAUGUGCUGUACUUCAAGCUCAACGCGCGUCGCGACUCGCCGGUGCCUAGGCUCUCGGGCGAGCUGUACCGCCGAGCCACCGCCUGGAACCUGCUGGAUGUGCGCCUCUACCGCCACUUCAACGCCAGCUUCUGGCGAAAGGUGGAGGCCUUCGGGCGUGAGCGCAUGGCGCGCGAGGUAGCGGAGCUUCGCCAAGCUAACGAGCACAUGCGCCGCAUCUGCAUAGAUGGCGGCCAAGCGGUUGAUGCUGAGGCCAUCCAGGACUCGGCCAUGCAGCCUUGGCAGCCCCUGGGCAUCAAAUCCAUCCUGGGUUAUAACCUCAAGAAGAGCAUCGGGCCGCAACACGAGCAGCUCUGCCGGCGCAUGCUCACGCCCGAAAUCCAGUACCUGUCUGACCUCGGUGCCAAUCUCUGGGUCACCAAGCUCUGGAAGUCCCUUAGAGACUUUCUAAGGUGGUGA